CCACCACCUGGGAAACAGGUCACCAACCACCACCUGGGAAACAGGUCACCAACCACCAUCUGGGAAACAGGUCACCAACCACCACCUGGGAAACAGGUCACCAACCACCACCUGGGAAACAGGUCACCAACCACCAUCUGGGAAACAGGUCACCAACCACCACCUGGGAAACAGGUCACCAACCACCAUCUGGGAAACAGGUCACCAACCACCAUCUGGGAAACAGGUCACCAACCACCAUCUGGGAAACAGGUCACCAACCACCAUCUGGGAAACAGGUCACCAACCACCAUCUGGGAAACAGGUCACCAACCACCAUCUGGGAAACAGGUCACCAACCACCAUCUGGGAAACAGGUCACCAACCACCAUCUGGGAAACAGGUCACCAACCACCAUCUGGGAAACAGGUCACCAACCACCAUCUGGGAAACAGGUCACCAACCACCAUCUGGGAAACAGGUCACCAACCACCAUCUGGGAAACAGGUCACCAACCACCAUCUGGGAAACAGGUCACCAACCACCAUCUGGGAAACAGGUCACCAACCACCAUCUGGGAAACAGGUCACCAACCACCAUCUGGGAAACAGGUCACCAACCACCAUCUGGGAAACAGGUCACCAACCACCAUCUGGGAAACAGGUCACCAACCACCAUCUGGGAAACAGGUCACCAACCACCAUCUGGGAAACAGGUCACCAACCACCAUCUGGGAAACAGGUCACCAACCACCAUCUGGGAAACAGGUCACCAACCACCAUCUGGGAAACAGGUCACCAACCACCAUCUGGGAAACAGGUCACCAACCACCAUCUGGGAAACAGGUCACCAACCACCAUCUGGGAAACAGGUCACCAACCACCAUCUGGGAAACAGGUCACCAACCACCAUCUGGGAAACAGGUCACCAACCACCAUCUGGGAACAGUCCAAUCUCAAGGAACAGGAAAGAAAAUAAGAUCACCUGGAGAAACAUCAUCAUGUCAUCUGUUCAUUUCAGUCCAGGGUCGGAUUCCAAAGAAGUUAAUGGUGUAGAGAAGCUGGAGCAGGCUAAGGUGGAGAUAGACGAUGGGAAGGAUGAGAGUGCUGAACCUGGCACCAUGUACCAAGAUAUUCGGAUGAAGAUCACACCUUUUGUCAUGUCCUUCGGAUUCCGUAUGUUUGGUGUGGUGCUGAUCAUAGUGGAUAUAGUGUUGGUGAUAGUGGACCUGUCUCUGAUGACACGGAGCAGAGAUGUGGGCGACGCUCUAGAGACGAUCUCUCUCAUCAUCUCUCUGUUCUUCCUCACCGACGUGCUGCUACGGGUCUAUGUAGAGGGGUUCAAGGUGUACUUCAGUUCCAGACUGAAUAUCAUAGAUGCCUGUAUAGUUGUCAUCACCCUGGUUGUUACUAUGAUCUACACCUUCUCUGACCUGACAGGGGCCAGCCUUAUACCCAGGGUGGUGACGUUCCUGCGUUCUCUGAGGAUUAUAAUCCUGGUCAGGAUCUUCAGAUUAGCCUCUCAGAAGAAAGAACUGGAGAAGGUCACCAGGAGGAUGGUGUCUGAGAACAAGCGUCGCUACCAGAAAGACGGCUUUGACCUGGACCUGACCUACGUCACAGAUCGUGUCAUUGCCAUGUCGUUCCCGUCCUCUGGGAAACAAGCCCUCUACAGAAACCCCAUCGGGGAGGUGGCUAGGUUCCUAGAUACCAAACAUGAAGACCACUACAGAGUAUACAACCUCUGCAGUGAGAAAGGUUAUGACCCCAAGUUCUUCCACUACAGAGUAGAGCGAGUGUUUAUCGACGACCACAACGUGCCUUCUCUAGAGGACAUGCUGAAGUACACUGCCGGUGUGAGAGCGUGGAUGGCAGCAGACCCCAACAACAUCAUCGCCAUACACUGUAAAGGAGGAAAAGGUCGUACGGGGACUCUGGUGUGUACCUGGCUCGUUGACAGUGACCAGUUUGAGAGUGCUCAGGACAGUUUGGAUUACUUUGGGGAGAGGAGGACAGACAAGAGCCGCAGCUCCAAGUUCCAGGGAGUGGAGACCCCGUCUCAGAGCAGGUAUGUGGGUUACUAUGAAGUGAUGAAGACUAAGUUCAACAGACAACUUCCUCCAGAACAGAGCCUGAAGAUCAAGAGCAUCCGCAUCCACUCCAUAGCAGGUGUGGGGAAAGGGAACGGUAGUGACUUGAAGGUGAAAAUCAUUGUAAGGAAGGAGCUGGUGUUCCAGUGUGUCUGUGCCAAACAACAGAACUGCGCGGUGUUUCCUGAUGUUGGUAACAACGCGGUGGUGAUCAGCCUGCAGGAGGGGCCUGUUGUCAGCGGCGACGUUAAGGUCAUGUUUGAGUCCUCUGCUGGUCUCCCUAAAGGAUAUGAAGACUGUCCUUUCUAUUUCUGGUUCAACACCUCCUUCAUAGAGGACAACAGACUGGUCCUGUCUAGAGAAGAACUGGACAACCCCCACAAGGCCAAGACCUGGGAUCUCUACAAGGAGGACUUUGGAGUCACCCUGUCUUUCUCUGAACCAUGACCUCUAACCUUUAACCCCUGUCCCACUCUGAGCCCUUACCCCCGGUAACAACCCUGUGUGUGUGUGCCAAAUAUCACCUUAUUACCUGUAUAGUGCCCUUGGGGCCUGUAUAAAAGUAAAGCACUGUAUAGGGAAUAGGGUACCAUUUGGGAUGCAAGCCUUCUCUGACCCCUGACCUUUAACCUCUGACCCAUGAUAUCCCUGUCAGACUAAAGGGUCUGCACUUCCUGAACUAGCCAAAAGACACUCCACUACCAGAAAUGACUGGCUUUGUCCCAAUCAUCUAUCCUUCCUCCCGGGGUGUGCACUUGUUCAUUUCCUUUCCAUCAUUUGAUAAGCAAAUUACUGGUAUAAGAAAUAUGGUAGAAACUCUAGCCUGUGCCUCCACCAAUCCAACGCAGGAAGCAGCGAACAUGUGUACACUUCAGGAGAAAGGAGAUAUUAUUGGGACCGCGACCCCCUGGUGUCUGUCUGUUUGCACUGAGCCGUUAGACCACUCUCUGUGGUCAAUCUGUGGAUCCACUCUGUCAUUUUAGCAUGAUUUUCUAUUACAUUUCAAACAUUUCUGUAAAAAAAAAAAAAGGGAUCAUUUGGAUGUGAGGGAUGUUCAA